AUGAAGCAGUCCAUGUCCCACAGGCACAUAGAACGCCCAGGCCAGUCACUCACUCUUUUUCUAAUCUCUGCAGUUCUUCUCAGCCUUCUCAUCUUUUCUAACUUGAAUAAUUUUAUGCGCCUGGCCAAGCAGACGUCCCUGCGGGGGGCCCUCAGGGACCCUGGUGUCUGCGCAGGUCUGACGGGGCUGGUGGAAGAGCAGAUACGGGUUUGCCGUCGGCAGGUGGAAGCCAUGGAGGCGGUGAAGCGAGGAGCGGAGCUGGCUGUAGAGGAGUGCCAGUACCAGUUUCACUCUCGCCGGUGGAACUGCUCCACCCUGCAGGGGCUGCAGGUCUUUGGCAAAGUUGCCAUCCAAGGCACACGGGAAUCCGCCUUCAUCCACGCCAUCUCCUCUGCGGGUGUUGCCUUUGCUGUGACUCGUGCCUGCAGCCGUGGGGAGCUGGAGAAGUGUGGCUGCGACCGCAAAAUCCGAGGAGUCAGCCCUGAAGGCUUCCAGUGGUCAGGCUGCUCUGAUAACCUGUCAUAUGGGAUUGCCUUUUCUCAAGCCUUUGUAGACAAUCCCGAGAGGAGCCGUGGCAUCUCUUCCAGCCGAGCGCUCAUGAACCUGCACAAUAACGAGGCGGGGAGGAAGGCACUGCUGGCCCACAUGAAGGUGGAGUGCAAGUGCCACGGCGUGUCAGGCUCCUGCGAGGUGCGUACAUGCUGGAGGGUCAUGCCUCCUUUCCGCGAGGUGGGCAACGUCCUGAAGGAGAAGUUUGAGGGGGCGACUGAGGUUCACCCACAGCGGGUCGGUUCCCGCAAGCUCCUGGUGCCCAAGAGCUCUCGCUUCAAGCCCUACACAGCUCAUGACCUGGUCUACCUCUUGGCCAGCCCAGACUUCUGUGACCGGGACCCCCGGCGCGGGGUCUUCGGUACCUCUGGCCGCCAGUGCAACCGGACAUCCCCAGCCAUGGAUGGCUGUGAGCUCCUGUGCUGCGGCAGGGGCUUCCACACCACGCAGGCCGAGGUGGUGGAGCGGUGCAGCUGCAAGUUUCGGUGGUGCUGCUCCGUCAAGUGCAAGCAGUGCCGGCACCGGGUGGAGGUGCACAGCUGCCGCUGAGGGGGCACCGGGGGGGUGGCCGGGGACUGAGCAGAAGACAGCCCAGGGAGAGGGCCACGGGGUGGGGGGAAGAAGGGUGGGUGUGGGGGAAACCUGUCUGGGUCUCUCUCUCCAGCCUUGUCAGGAUUUUUGCAGUUUAAACUUGCUUUCCAGACGGAGGGGUGGAGGACACCUUAAACAUUAGAAAUAAAGCAGCUGCAAUAGAAAG